AUGGCCGCUCCUGAAAUUCCAAAGAAGCAAAAGGCCGUUAUUUACGACCAGCCUGGCACUGUGUCGACCAAGGUCGUGGAAAUCGAUGUCCCGGAGCCUAAAUCCGGGGAAGUCCUCAUUAAUCUUACGCAUUCUGGUGUGUGCCACUCUGAUUUGGGAAUCAUGACAAACACAUGGAGUUUGCUCCCUUAUCCAACUCAACCAGGCCAAGUUGGCGGCCACGAAGGUGUGGGUAAAAUUGUCAAGCUUGGCACGGGCACUGAAUCCAGCGGUCUUCAAGUUGGAGAUCGAGUCGGAAUUAAAUGGAUCGCAAGUGCAUGCGGAAACUGCCUCCCUUGCCAAGCAGGAUCAGAUGGAUUAUGCUUCAAGAAAACGGUUUCCGGCUACUAUACCCCAGGCACAUUCCAGCAAUAUGCUACAGGACCAGCCAACUAUGUGACCAAGAUUCCUGACGGUCUGGACUCAGCAGUUGCAGCACCUAUGCUCUGUGCCGGAGUGACGGUCUACUCAGCGCUGAAACGCAGUAACACCAAACCAGGACAAUGGGUGGUGAUAUCCGGUGCUGGUGGCGGCCUAGGACAUCUCGCAGUCCAGUUAGCAAGUAAGGGAAUGGGGAUGCGCGUUAUUGGAAUCGAUCAUGGUAGCAAGGAGGAAGUCGUUAACGCAUCCGGUGCCGAGCACUUUGUCGACAUUACGAAGUUCCCAAAAGACGAUAAGGGAGAAGCAUUGAAGAAGCAUGUCGUAUCGCUUGCCGAUGGAUUAGGCGCACACGCAGUCAUAGUCUGCACUGCUGCGAAUGCUGCGUACGCUCAGGCUUUACCAAUGCUGCGUUUCAACGGCACAUUGGUUUGUGUUGGAAUCCCUGAGAAUGAGCCUCAGCCCAUUGCUACUGCCGACCCGAAUGCCUUUAUCCGUUCACAGUAUAAUGUUACUGGGUCUGCAGUUGGAAGUCGGGUUGAAGCGAUUGAGACUCUAGAAUUUGCUCAGCGAGGAGUUCUUAAGGCUCACUAUCGGGUUGAAAAGAUGGAUGCACUGACAUCUGUUUUCCAAGACAUGGCUGAGGGUAAAGUGCAAGGUCGUGUUAUACUGGACCUAUCGGGUUGA